AUGGUUGGGGACGUAGUGUCGUAUCUACGUGCCUGCCCCUCGCCCCGAACCCUUCCGGGAACUCUCGACCUUCAAAAACAUCGUAUUCAUUCUCGAAAUACCUCCGCAUCGAUGGCGUUUCUCACUGCAGCACCGGUGGUCCACCAUGCGCUCCUACCUGCCAAAGUAACUCCCCGUCGCGCACGCACGUCCAUGCUUGCCGACCGACCAAAGAAUUCCAGUUCGUGGCAAUGGCUUGCCGCCGUGACCGCCGGCGCUGCUAUUGGUGCUGCCACGGCAACAGCCGUCACCAUAUCCAUCCACGCUCCACAUCUCCAAGCAGAUGCCUACGUCCAGCCCAUACCGCAAGUCCCCGCCCUUCCUGAGUAUCUUCCCGCGGAGCAAGGCGUAAUUUCCUUGUUCGAACGCGCAACACAAAGCGUAGCUUUCGUCACCACGUACACAGAGUCCCGUUCCGGCUUCUCGUUGAAUCCGAUGGAGACCCCAGCUGGCACGGGAAGCGGCAUCGUUUGGGACACUGACGGGCGCAUCGUCACCAAUUUUCACGUCAUUCGCGCCGCCUCAGGAGCAAAGAUCACCUUGGCUAAUAAGAAGACAUACGAUGCUGAGCUCGUCGGCUCUUCGGCAGACGAUGACGUCGCUGUCCUCAAAAUCAAAGCGCCAAGGGACGAGUUAUUCCCCAUAGAUGUUGGAGACAGCAGCAAUCUCCGUGUUGGACAAAGCACGUACGCAAUUGGAAAUCCAUUCGGCUUGGAUCACACACUCACUACUGGCGUACUUUCGGGGCUCGGCCGUGAAAUGAAGAGCCCCACGGGGAGGACUAUAUCGAACGUCAUUCAAACAGAAGCGUCGAUAAACCCCGGGAACAGCGGUGGUCCCCUUAUCGAUGCCCGAGGACGGCUCAUUGGAAUGAAUACUGCAAUCUACUCACCAAGCGGCGCAUCCGCUGGUGUCGGCUUCGCGAUUCCAGUCGAUACCUUAAAGGUCAUCGCCCAAGGUCUGAUUGAAAACGGCAGAAUUGUCCGUCCUGUCAUCGGCAUUAGCUAUCUCGAGAGCAGCCAAGCACGUGCACUCGGCAUUGAAAAGGGUGUUUUGGUUCUAGAUGUGCCAGAAGGUUCUGCUGCCGAAAAGGCUGGCCUCCGAGGAACUUCCAGGAUGACUUUUGGAUCAAUUGAGUUGGGGGAUAUUAUCAUUGGAAUUGAUAAUGAAGGUGUUAAGAACGAGGGUGAUCUCUUUAAAGCGUUAGACAAACACAAAGUCGGUGAUACCGUGCGCAUUCGCGUGCUCAACAACACCGAUGGCGAACGUACCGUUAAGUUGAAACUGUCCGCAUCACAGAAGUAG